UGUAUGACAAAUUAAGUUAAGAGAUAAGAACGUGGGUUGUUCCACCUCUUGGAGUGCAGCUUUUGUCAAAGUAUUUGUUGCAGGGUAUCCCGGAGAACGGGGCGCUAGCGGCUAACGUGCUGCACAGGGGACGCCAACUUAAUGAACUUAUACUCUCAGAAGAAUAUGGGAAUCAAAGGACUAGUUGAGUCGGGGUAUCUAAACUCCAUUCCGCCCGAGUAUGUGUUUCCCUCAAAUCUAAAUGAUUUAGAAGUAGAAGAAGUUCCAACAGUGGAUUUUUCACAACUCACUGCUGGUACACCUGAUGAAAGAUCCAAAGCCAUCCAAGUCAUUGGCAAGGCAUGUCGGGAAUGGGGAUUUUUUAUGGUAAUAAAUCACAGCAUGCCCAGGAGACUCAUGGAUGAGAUGCUGAAUGUAGGCGAAAGGUUCUUUGAUCUCGCCGAGGAGGAAAAGCAAGACCAUGCAGGAAAAGAAUUGUUUGAUCCAAUAAGGUGUGGAACAGGCUUUAAUAACGGACUGGGCAAUGUGUUUCUCUGGAGGGAUUAUCUCAAGGUUCAUGUUCAUCCCCACUUUCAUGCUCCUCACAAACCCGCUGAUUUCAGAGAGACUUCAGAAGAAUACUGCAAAAAAGCUCGAGACGUGGCUGAAGAAUUGCUAAAAGGGAUAUCCAAAAGCUUGGGGCAGGAAGAAAACUACAUACAUAAGAAAAUGGAUGUAGAAUCAGGAUCGCAGCUGCUUGUUAUGAAUCUUUAUCCACCAUGCCCGCGGCCAGAACUUGUAAUGGGGAUGCCCCCUCAUUCGGAUCAUGGCAUCUUGACACUCCUGAUGCAGAAUGAUGUGUGUGGCCUUCAAAUUCUACACAACGGCAAGUGGGUGCCCGUCAACCCCCCUCCUUAUUCUUUUCUUGUCAACACAGGGGAUCAUAUGGAGAUACUGACAAAUGGGCGGUACGAAAGUGUGGUGCACCAAGUUGUGGUGAAUAGCAAUGCCACAAGGAUGACCAUAGCAACAGGACAUGGACCACCACUGGGCGCCAUUAUAAGCCCAGCAGCAGAGCUGGUAGACAGUGAAAACCAUCCCCCAAAGUACCAGGGAAUGAAAUAUAGGGACUACAUCGAGCUUCAACAAACCAAUCAACUCGAAGGCAAAUCCUGCUUGGAUCGUGUUCGAAUUUGACCUAUGCAAUCAUAAUAUUCGUGUUAAAGUUUCCUGUCCUUAGAAACGUAUGGUAGGACAUGCGAUGAAUCGCAAUGCGUCGAAUUAAUUAGUGACCCCUAGAUGGUCCUCUACUGAAAUGCUUGCCUAGAGUGAUUUUGACGUUUCAAGUAAAGCUGGUGCACAAAAAGGUGUCCUUAAA